AUGAACUCCUUCCGCUUCGCUCGCUCUGCCUUGAGGGCUCGUCCCUCCCUCUUCAGCGCCCCUGUCCAGCGCCGUGGAUAUGCCGAGGCCGUCAACGACAAGAUCAAGCUGUCCCUGACUCUGCCUCACCAGACCAUCUACCGCUCCACCGGCGUUACCCAGGUCAACAUCCCCGCUGCCUCCGGUGAGAUGGGUGUCCUCGCCAACCACGUUCCCUCCAUUGAGCAGCUGAAGCCCGGUAUCGUUGAGAUUGUUGAGGAGGGUGGUGCCACCAAGCAGUACUUCCUGUCUGGCGGUUUCGCCGUUGUCCAGCCCGACUCCCAGCUGAGCAUCAACGCCGUCGAGGGUUACCCCCUGGAAGACUUCAGCGCCGACGCUAUCCGCGCCCAGAUUGCUGAGGCCCAGAAGAUUGCCAGCGGCAGCGGCAGCGAGCAGGACAUUGCCGAGGCCAAGAUUGAGCUUGAGGUUCUGGAGACCCUGCAGGCCCAUGUCAAAUAG